AUGGCGUUAUCCAUAUGCCACGUGCAGCGCUUCUUACCCUACUGUCUACGCAGGAGUUGGAUCGAUAUUUUGGGACUAGGAUUGGGCCUCAAGUUCUUCGGAUCCUGUACGAUGCCAUCGAUCCACACGAAAUGUCGAAAUUCCUCUUACCCAAGAUCAUCCGUGCAGAGAUUCCCCGUGCCGGAUGAGAAGGUGUCGUGGUGUGCUUCGUGGCCUGAUUACAAACCCGUCAGCUACACUUCUCCUGAUAUCCUCGAUAAACCUUUUGCUGACCCCGAAAUUGGGGUGAGAAACUUUGAGCCAAAAUGGCAUCAUCUUGAUGGAGAAGUGGACAGAAGGAGCCAUGUGGGGACCUAUCCCAUCCAAAAUGGCAUCCCAUUGGUGAGAAACUUUGAGCCAAAAUGGCAUCAUCUUGAUGGAGAAGUGGACAGAAGGAGCCAUGUGGGGACCUAUCCCAUCCAAAAUGGCAUCCCAUUGAAUCCAGUGGGUCGGACCGGAGUGAAGGGCCGUGGCUUGUUGGGACGUUGGGGACCAAAUCAUGCAGCUGAUCCCAUAGUCACCCGCUGGAAAGAUGGGAAGGCCAUCCAAAUGGACACACAGAGACCCAUCCUUCAAUUUGUGGCCAUUCAGCGACGAGACAGUGAAGAGUGGGCCAUCCCAGGAGGGAUGAUUGACCCAGGAGAGAAGGUGACUGCGACAUUACCACGGGAGUUCGCUGAAGAGGCACUUAAUUCAGAAUCUUUGACUGAGAAACAGCAAGUGGAACUCCUUGCCAUGCUUAAGGACUUGUUCUCAAAAGGACUUGAGGUGUAUCAUGGAUACGUAGAUGACCCUCGAAACACAGACAAUGCAUGGAUGGAGACAGUGGCAUAUAACUUCCAUGAUGAGGAUGGGACAUCUGUGGGUCGUCUCUCCUUGCAGGCGGGUUCUGAUGCACGCAGUGUCCAGUGGAUGGACCUCUCAUCCCAUCUUGCUUUGUAUGCAUCCCAUUCCUGUUUCCUGGAGACUGUUGCACGUAUGCAUGGUGCUCAUUGGUAAUCAUAAGAAGAAUGCAGAAUUUUGAUGCAUAAAGAGUGCAACAAGAGGCUCCUCAUUUUUGGAAGCUUGAUCUCAGA